GCGAUUUGACUGUACUCGGAGCUCGUCGGCAGCGCAACUUGUACUGGGGAGAACGCUGAACUCGGCAAACUUUCCGUUCGCCAACUAACAAUAAGAGCGAUUCUCUUCUGGAAUGGAGCGAAACCGUCUCUGGAACCGCUCUUCGACAGUGCUGUGCUGACUUCUCGCGUCGUCGUCGACCCAUUCGGAACGCGCUCGCAGCCUUCCCGAACAGCUGACUGGGAAGAGAGAGAAAGCGGAGAAGAGCCUCACCGAUCGCGAAGAGCACCGGAUAGAUUCGACGAUCGAGGCAGCUUCAUUUCGAUUCCGGUGCACCGGUCGCCGAAAUAGUGCCGUCAAAUCACGGUUCGCAGUUUAUCCAGGACCAGACGGCGUGGAGUCUCGUGACGACAUGUGGCUACAGCGGCUAUCUCGAAAGAAGGAAGCGGAAUCGACAGACCUCCUGUCGACAAACUUGAAACGAUGUCUGACAUCUUUCGACGUGACCCUGCUCGGAAUCGGGCACAUGUUGGGGUCUGGGAUCUACGUCGUGUCACCCACGACAGCGAAAGACGUGACAGGUCCAGCCAUCAUCGUCUCGUACCUGAUCGCCGGCGUAGCAUCCUUGCUAGCUGCUCUAGCAUAUGCGGAUUUCGGAGUGCGCUAUCCCCGAUCAGGCUCCGCGUACUCGUACAUCUACUUCAGCCUCGGAGAGUUCUGGGCGUUCUACGUGGGCUGGAAUGUCGUCCUCGAGAACGUACUCUCGACGGCGGCGUGCGCUCGCGCAUGCAGUGCGUACAUAGAUUCUCUGACGGGUUACACAAUCGCUAACUCCAUUGAACUUGUGUUCGGGAAACUGCCCGGAGGCUUCUGGUCGGAAACGCCCGAUCUACUUGCGUUCGUCAUCCUCAUCGGCUUCGUGGUAUUCAUGACCUUCGGAAUGAGAGCUACGUCGGGGCUCAACAACACGCUGGUGUGCUUGAACAUGAUAAUCCUCGGUAUCGUGGUGGCGGUCGGUGCCUAUUACGCUGACUUCGGUAACUGGAAAUACAAACCGGAGAACCCGAACUUCAACGCCUCCGCGCAGGUCAACUUCGUCAAUGGCUUCCUCCCGUACGGAUGGAGCGGCGUUUUCCGAGCCUCGGCGUCGUGUUUCUUCGCCUAUGUUGGAUUCGAUGCGAUCGCGGCAGCCGGCGAAGAAGCUCUCAAUCCUCAGAAAUCCCUGCCUAUAGCGACUUUGUCCUCAAUGCUGAUCGUGACAACGGUUUAUGUUCUCGUCUCAGGGGUGAUGACCCUCAUGAUAUAUUUCGCUGACAUCAGCAAGACAUCUGGACUACCCGAGGCGUUCGCGUAUCACGGAGCCUACUGGGCGCAAUAUAUUGUUUCGGUCGGAGCCAUCGCUGGAAUGUCCACGGUAAUCAUGGCUACCGUUUUUGCGAUGGCUCGGGUCUGUUACGCGAUGGCAGACGACGGGUUAUUGCACGAAGCCUUCGCGAUCGUACAACCACGCUCCCAAAUUCCCAUAGUCUCGAUGUACUUCUUCGGGCUCCUGGCCGCUAUAAUUGCAAUGCUACUCGACAUUGAAACAAUCAUCGAGAUGCUGUCCAUCGGAACUCUGAUGGCCUAUCUCCUGGUGGCUUGUGCUCUCCUUGUAUCGAAAUACACCCCUCCGGAACAGACUAUCGACUUGCAGCUCGAGUCUGCGACCGCGUUCCCCAAAGUAUCCGAUUCACCGAAGCUGUCGCAAGUCAUACCGCGAGGCGGGAGCUUGUACAAAGUCGCGAGGAAACCUGCGAGCAACGGACAUAUAUUGAAGUCGCAUUUCGCUUUCGUCAGCAAAUUCCUGCCUCAGGAUUAUAGUCAGAGGUUUCUCGUUAUCGUCUUGCUGUGUGUUUUGGUGCUCAGCACCGUGGUCGCCUGUCUGAUGAUCCAGGUGACUGCGACCAGCUGGGCCGCCAUAGGAUGGGUCGCGAUGGCAUUGAGCCUAUGCACGAUCGUCCUUUGUACAUUCCUACUGUUCGCGCAUGAGUUACCGGAAAAUAAAAGUUCCGCCGGUCAUCAAUAUAACAUGCCGUUGGUUCCCUUCUUGCCCGUAUGCUCUAUAGUCAUCAACACUGGACUCAUGAUGACCUUGGAAAUCUGGACCUGGCUUCGACUCGUGGCCUGGGUCGCUUUGGGUCUGCUCAUAUACUUUUCGCAUGGUAUCCGCCACAGUAAACUAAACCAUAGAUCAUAGUCGCACGUCCCGAUUCGAGAAGUAAACAGCGUGCGAAUUUUCACUCUACGCUCCUUAAAUGUCCCGCCGAAUGCCUCGUAAAGCAUUAAUAUGACGAAUGAGCCCUAGCCCUUGGAAUCCUACGACUGCGCCUUGUAAAUGUAUCACCAAACGUCGCCGGGGGAAGGGAUAUAAACUCCCAUCGUUGAGUCUCGAACGGAAGCUUGCUUGUCUCAAGUAUUAUACUAUGUUUCUCGAGAACUAUUGUCCCCGU